GGCCAACCAGUUUACGGGGUGUCGUCACUAGUCUGUCUGUUUGGUUUGGUUGACUCAAGCAUCGUGCGGUGGUGGUGGAUGGGCUCAGUUCAAAACAAAACCUGCUCCCGCGAGGAUGGUACUACGAGGAGCGGUGAUACUGUGUGCGUUUUUGCUGCUGCCCGCGAUCGCAUUGACCUUCACCGACGCCGCCGUGCUGCCGUGCGAGAUACCGAACGAGAACACGGCCGGUUACUGCAUUUCGCCUGACGCCUGUCGACCUUAUCAGCAGUUGAAAAAUGGCGCAGCAGCCGCCAAACCGGAAACGGGAGAGUUCCUGAAACGGUUAAGCUGUUCGCCUCGUACGGUUUGCUGUACGCGGGGGAGUGCUUACGCGAAUCCGCGGGUACCGAUGCCGGUACAGACAGCGGAUUUGAUCGCCAACUGUGGGGUGGAAGCCACCGGGGAGCGUAUCUUCGGCGGAGAGAUUACCAAGAUCGAUGAGUUCCCUUGGUUGGCGUUGCUGUUCUAUCACUCGAAAGAUACGGGAAUGGUGUUUCCCUCCUGCGGAGGGGUGCUAGUGGCGAAGCAAUGGGUGCUAACUGCUGGACAUUGUGUGACGGGAAGAGGCUACCGGAAUACCGGUUCCUUGAAAUUUGUUCGCCUCGGUGAGAACAACCUGGAGACAGAGGUGGACUGCGAUAAGGAUGGUGAUUGUGCGGAUCGGCCGGUCAAUCUGGAGGUGGAGCAAAUUAUUCCUCAUCCGGACUACGUCAGCACCAGUUGGGACAAGUACAACGACGUGGCGCUGUUGAAACUAGCGAAGGAGGCUCCCUAUACGGACUUUGUGCGGCACAUUUGUCUGCCCAGUUACUAUAAUCUUUCGGAGGAAAAUGCCGUCAGCAAGUACGUGGCGGCUGGCUGGGGGCAGACGGAUUUGUACGAUUCCAUCGACAGCAUCCCGAGCAAGAUCAAGCUCAAGGUUAGCCUGCCCCACGUGGAGCUCUCCCGCUGCCAGGCGGUCUACUCCAACUACUCGGUACGCAUCGCCGCGAGUCAGAUCUGUGCCGGAGGUCGGAAAGCCCAGGACACCUGCCGGGGGGACAGUGGUUCCCCGUUGAUGUACUACAGCCAACCACACGGGCGCUGGUUCGCCUACGGCAUCGUCAGCCGGGGCCCGUCCCAGUGUGGAACGGAAGGGGUUCCCAGCAUCUAUACCAGCCUGUUCACGUUUGACGAUUGGGUCAGCAGUACCAUGGCUGCCAACUGAGAUAGAGCGGUGCUAGUGGAAACCCUUUACUUUUUUUCGGCACGGCACGGCAACUCGAACAAUGGUGAAGCAUGCGUUUUUUGUGUUUUCACAUAGAAGAAAAAUAAAAAUUAAGACGUUUCGCUUGUUAA